UGCUGCGUGCCCGUAGCCCAGGAGGAGGUAGUAGAAGUAGAAGUAGCCCCUGAGGCGGAGGCCCAGGUAGAAGCAGAGCCAGAGGUAGAGCCUGAACCAGAACCAGAGCCAGAGGAGGUGCAGGAGGUGGUUCAUGAGGAGGAAGAGGCCUAUGAAGAGGAAGAGGAGAAGCCAAAGUUCAAACCCUCUGCUCCGAAGAUCCCUGAUGGCGAGAAGGUGGACUUUGACGACAUACAGAAGAAACGUCAAAACAAAGACCUGAUUGAGCUGCAGUCGCUGAUCGACGCUCACUUCGAGUGCAGGAAGAAAGAGGAGGAGGAACUCAUCGCUCUCAAAGAACGAAUUGAGAAGCGUCGAGCUGAGCGAGCCGAGCAGCAGAGGAUUCGCGCUGAGAAAGAUAAGGAGCGGCAGGCCAGGCGGGAGGCUGAGCGGAUCAGAAAGGAGGAGGCCGACGCCCAGAGGAAGGCUGACGAUGAAGCCAAGAAGAAGAUAGCGCUGACUAACAUGGGAUCAGGCUUCAGCAGCCAUCUGCAGAGGAUUGACCAGAGGAGAGGCAAGAAGCAGACUGAAAGAGAAAAGAAGAAGAAGGUCCUGGCAGAGAGAUGCAAACCCCUGAGCGUCGACAACCUCAGUGACGACAACCUGAGGGCAAAGGCGAAGGAGCUGUGGGAGUGGCUGCACAACCUGGAGGCAAUUAAAUACGACCACUGCGAGAAGCUCAAGAGACAGAGAUACGAGGUCAUCUCCCUCAGAAACCGCAUCGACGAGCUGCAGAAACACAGCAAGAAGGGAGCCGCCUCGCGCCGCAGAAAGUGAGCGGCUCCUCGGAGACGGUCAGGCCGGACAGGAGGCACGUUCCUCCGGCUACGGCAGCGGCUCACACCCCUGUGACACGCGCAGCUCCGGAACAACGGCAACAAUUGGACGUCUUACCGCCUGUGUCUGCUUGAGUGAAAUGUUUUUUUUCUGGAUGAAUUUAGCUCAAAUAAAGAAAUUUAAAAAAAUGUCGUCGAAGUGUUUGUGUUAAAAAAAAAUAAAAAGAAGAUGUGUCUGAUCUGA